UCAGUGUUUUAAGAGCAGAACGUCGACUCUCACGUCUUCUCAAACAUUACUGUGUCACCUGUGCAUCGCUGCUGAACAGCUUUCUGCAAGUGUCAUCACGAGUGAUUGAUUUCAUCAUAAGUAGCUACCCGUUGUUCCUCAAUGCUUCAUGUUCCUUAUAAAAUGAAAUGCCACUGUGUCUGUUUUCUGUCAAACUACUUUAUUUAUUUAUUUAUUUAUUGGGGAUUUUCCUUAACAAAGCACUGGUGAACACUUGCAUGGUGAUGUUGUUGUCUGUGAACAUUGUAUUGUUUAAAAAGAAAAUAGCAGUAUGUGAGCUGAUAUUCACUAAUGUGUUGUGUGGUUUUCUGGGAGCUCUUUGCACCGACAUCUUUGUUUGUCUCAAUCUGUCUGUUCCUGCUCUUUCCUUUCUUUGCCUGCUCUUCCUCCGUCUUUAUGAACAGCCGCCACAGCACACAGAGAAAAUGGGCCGGCCUAUCGAUUGGACAAGAGGUUAGAGUAACAAACUACAAGUUUGACAAGUCCAAACAGUGUAUAAGCACCAUGACGGUGGAGAUUGACUUCCUGCAGAAGAAGAGUGUGGACAGCAACCCGUACGACUCCGACAACAUGGCCAUGGAGUUCGUCCAGCACUUCAACAACCAGGCCUUCAGCGUCGGGCAGCAGUUUGUGUUUAGUUUCUGUGAUAAGCUGUUUGGCUUGCUGAUUAAAGAUAUUGAGGCCAUGGACCCGAGCAUCCUGAAGGGAGAACAAGCCUCUGGCAAGAAACCGAAGAUUCAGAUCGGUUUGUUGCUGGGAAACAGUCAGGUGAUUUUUGAGAAGUCCGAGACCUCGUCCUUGACUCUGAUAGGGAAAGCCAAGACCCGAGAGUCCCGCCAGUCCAUCAUCAGCCCAGACUGGAACUUUGAGAGGAUGGGCAUCGGCGGCCUUGACAAGGAGUUUUCUGACAUCUUCCGCAGAGCCUUCGCCUCGCGAGUCUUCCCGGCAGACAUCGUGGAGCAGAUGGGCUGUAAGCAUGUGAAGGGGAUCCUGCUGUUCGGACCCCCGGGCUGUGGUAAAACCCUAAUGGCGCGACAGAUUGGCAAGAUGCUGAAGGCCCGCGAGCCCAAGAUCGUCAACGGCCCCGAGAUCCUCAACAAGUACGUGGGAGAGUCUGAGGCCAACAUCAGGAAGCUGUUUGCAGACGCAGAGGACGAGCAGAAGAGGCUCGGUGCGAACAGCGGCGUUCACAUCAUCAUAUUCGACGAGAUCGACGCGAUCUGUAAACAGCGCGGCAGCAUGGCCGGCAGCACGGGAGUCCACGACACCGUGGUCAACCAGCUGCUGUCCAAGAUAGACGGAGUGGAGCAGCUCAACAACAUCCUGGUCAUAGGUAUGACCAACAGGCCCGACCUGAUAGAUGAGGCCUUGCUGAGGCCUGGAAGACUGGAGGUGAAGAUGGAGAUUGGGUUACCGGAUGAAAGAGGCCGCAUCCAGAUCCUCCACAUCCACACGGCGAAGAUGCGUCAGUACGAGCUGAUGACCCCUGACGUGGACAUCAAGGAGCUGGCAGCGGAGACAAAGAACUACAGCGGUGCCGAGCUGGAGGGCCUGGUCCGAGCUGCACAGUCCACUGCCAUGAACCGACACAUCAAGGCCACUAACACGGUGGAGGUAAACACCGAGACGGCAGAGAAGCUGCAGGUCAGCAGACUGGACUUCAUGACGUCUCUGAAUAACGACAUCAAACCUGCGUUUGGCACCAAUCAGGAGGACUACGCCAGCUACAUCAUGAACGGGAUUAUCCGGUGGGGCGACCCGGUGUCGGCGGUCCUGGAGGACGGGGAGCUGCUGGUGCAGCAGACGAAGAACAGCGAACGCACACCGCUGGUGUCUGUGCUGCUGGAGGGUCCACCUAACAGUGGGAAAACAGCGCUGGCUGCUAAGAUCUCGGAAGACUCCCAGUUCCCCUUCAUCAAGAUCUGCUCCCCCGACAAGAUGAUCGGACACUCGGAGAUCGCCAAAUGUCAAGCCAUCAAAAAGAUAUUUGAAGAUGCCUACAAGUCCCAGCUGAGCUGUGUGGUUGUGGAUGACAUCGAACGUUUGUUAGACUACGUCCCUAUUGGCCCUCGUUUCUCCAACCUGGUGUUACAAGCUCUGCUGGUGCUGCUGAAGAAACCUCCUCCAAAGGGUCGUAAGCUGCUGAUCAUCGGCACCACAAGUCGUAGAGACGUCCUCAAGGAAAUGGAGAUGUUGGAUGUUUUCAGCACCACCAUCCACAUCCCCAACAUCUCAAGAGGAGAGCAGCUGGUCGAGGCCCUGGAGCUGCUCGGCAGUUUUCAGGAAGUGGAGCGGGCGCACAUAGCUAAAGCUGUGAAGGGCCAGAACCUGUGGAUCGGCAUAAAGAAGUUGCUCAUGCUGAUUGAGAUGGCCGUGCAGAUGGAUACUGGCUACAGAGUUAGCAAGUUCCUGAGUCUCCUGCAGGAUGAGGGAGCACUGGGUUCUGAUAAGUUCAUCUAGACUCAGUGGAGCCACAUAGUAAAGAAAGAGCAUCCUUCAACGCUGCGGAGGAACGGAAGCCCGAGAGAGAGAGGCUGGCAGGAGGAAGCGAGCGAGAGAUGAGUUCCCAUCUUUUUCUCUCUCUCUCUUUGCGUCCUUUCCCUCCCGUCCCCGAAGCUCGGUGCACUUCUCUCUGCACUGCAGCAGCAACCAACCAGGCGAACCUCCUCCUCUUCAGCACUAUGUCAACAUGUAACAUAACACACACACACACGGGCAGUGUUUGUGGUAUCUGUGUAUAUUGCGUUUUGCUGAAGACUACUGCUGUCAUCUCCAUGUGAUGCCCCAAGAAUGUCUUUGGGUUAUUUUUUAUAUAUAUAAAAAAAAAGAGUCCGGGCAAAAGAUUUAGAAACCUUUGUAUGGCCGUAGAUGUGCAUGCACAAACACUAAUCACAACACUGUUUGUUUAUAAAGGACACAUUUGUUUUAUGUAAUCCGAUCUUUCCAAAGACGGCUCCAUCUCUUAAAAAUCUCACUUUGUUCUUAAUGUACUUGCUCGUGUCUUUUUAUUUUAUGAAUAAAUUAACUAUAUUGCUACUACUAAGAAGAAACUCUGCAUUAUGUGAUAUGAAUGAGGGAGUGAAUGACCAGCAAAUGUUAUAAAGUGAGUCACCUCACACCACGGGGGCUCGUGCUGCUUUAAAGAUGUGUUUCUGUGAUAAAGUACAGGAGUCCAGUAAAAGAUCCUCAGACUAAUAUCAAGGAGUUUGUUCCAAAACCUCUCUAUUUUAAUUACCAAGUGUUCCUGGCAUGUUGAACUCAUAAGGACGUGUCUUUAUAAUUAUGAUCGAGUGUAAUUAUCUCGUAAUCAUGACACACUUGACGUCUCGUGAUGAGAUGAAGCUACUCAGACAUUCGCGGUUAACCUCCACAGCAUCUGCAGCAUGUUGUGUGAGAGUCACACCGCUCAACAGGAAAACACAGUCGGCUGUUUAACCGAGUAGCUCCUGCAGAACGUCUGCGUGGGCGCCGGUGGGACUUCUCCCUCGGGUGCAGAUUUCUUGAUCUAGUCCUUCAGGAUUGUGGACCCAAAGUUGCAGAACAUAUUUAUUUCGGGUAUUAAUAACAGGAUCAUGCUGCAAAUGGAGAUUAUGUUGCGACCAUUUCUUUUAUUUGUAUUUUGUGUGCCAUAAUUCUACAUUUCUUGUAUGUUUUUGAUGAUUGAGAUGUGAUUGUGUCACCUCAUCUGGAUAGUAUGCCCUCUAAAAUGUAACUUCUGUACAGUGCAAAUUAACAGCCAAUUCUUUAAUAAGAAUCCAUAUUUAUGACUAUUCUAUAUUUUUCUUAUCAACAAAUGCCAGAAAAAGACCACAACCAACAAUGCGUUUGUUUGUCUUACAAUAUAAGUAAAAAGUUUAAUUUCAUCCU